UACUACUACUACUACUACUACUACUACUACUACUACUACUACUACUACUACUACUACUGGCUGGGUCUCAGCAGUGGGCCAUGCAUGACCGCAGCCUGUUGUAAUGCCUGUAAGAACAAGGUGGUACUGGCCGAGGACCAGUCAGGAAACGGGAUCUCUGGUUUUGAACCGGUCGGUGUAAUCAUCAUUGAUGAAUUGGGAAAUGUAGACGAAUGUGGUGCAGCUGCAGGUGACAUGGAACUAAAUUCGGGCCCGGUGGAAGAAAUGUUAGUACCUCCGCUACUGACGGAACUGCGAGUGUCCACAUUAAGUGCCAUUAUCAUUAUCACACGGUAA